AUGGUUGACCCCAUCCUUAGCAAGGAGCAUUUAGUAACAGUGGUUAGUGAGGAUCACGAGACAUCAUGUUGGGGGUGUGGGUUGCGUCUUCUUCACCCUGCUAAUGCAUCUGUUUUCAAGUGUGGCUGGUGUGGGGCAAUAACGGAUAAUUACGAGCUGAAAUGUGAUCACAAGAAUUAUUGGUGGAGACACAUGCGUGACCGAUGCUUUAUAUGUGUCCUCAUUGGCUUCAUUCUCUUUGUAAUAUGUGGUGGUUUGUGGGCAGUGUACCCUGUCGUUUUCUCUAUCAGUUAUUUUUGUGGGAUUUUCCACCUAACCAUAACAGGUAUCUUGUCAAUAACUACUUUAUCACUGUUCACUCUUGUGGCCUUUAGAAGUGCUGGAACACAACCUAUGAUAGAGUGGGGUAGCUACCCAGCUGUGGGAAAAAAUCAACUUGAGAACUACACCUUUUGUCGCUACUGUUUAAAGCCAAAGUCACCGAGAACUCAUCAUUGCCGUACAUGUGGAAUCUGUGUACUGGACAUGGAUCAUCACUGUCCUUUUAUUGGAAAUUGUGUUGGGGCAGCAAAUCACAGACACUUCAUUGCAUUCCUUAUUUCAGUUCUCGUCAGCACAAUCUAUGUUACAAUCAUGUCUGCAUAUAUCGGUUUGCGUAUAUGGCCGCCUCUAACACACAGAUACCUAGACCAUUUAAGUGCGAGCAGCAGAUCUUUGCCGUGGAGAGCAUUGCAGGAUGUUUUUAUUGCAUUAAUAAGCUCUGCGAUGCUACUAUCCACAAGAGGGCUUGUUCUUGUGUAUCUUUUUGUUUCGAGUAUUUCUUUAGAGAUUGGAAUAAGCGUUCUACUGUGGCAGCAGCUCUGCUAUAUAUACGAGGGACAAACUUACUUAAGCAGCUUAAGUUUGAGGGGAGGUGACGAAGCUGGAGAAAAAGAUUGCAAAAAUAUUUUCCUUUUUUUCGGCUGCCCAUAUCCGGUUUCAAGAUUAUUGCCGAAUUUCUGGAAUUCACCCAAGAGACACAAGAAGUGA